GCCCGGGAACACCGGGAAUGGCCCUGGGGAUGGAAGACCCUGCGAUCCCCCCGUCCCCGCUGCCCCGGGAACACCCUGCGAUCCGCCGAGAAAGGGAAUCCCGGCGGCAGUGUCCCAGGAAAUGCAGGCAGGAUAACAUGGAGCCUUUUCCUCUCUCCGAGCUCGGGCUCCCGGCAGAAAACAAAGCUAUCCAGGGAAUCCUCUGCCCCAUGGCUGUGGAGCUCUGCCACCUCCUCCUGGCCCUGGAACGGGAAGAUGGGAUUUGUGAGGCCUUUCCCAAUUUAGGGGAGAAGGCAGAAAAACUGUCCAAAGCCCUGGAAGAACUCGCUGCUGUGGCAGGAAGGCUGGCCCGGGAGUCCCACGAGGAGGGGACCACGGAGGAGAUGUGUCCCAUGGCCAAAUCCCUGGAGCAGGCUGGGAGGGAUGUGCUUCUGGCAGCGCACCAGCUCCAGGAGCAUCCGGAGAGCCCUCGGCUCCGGGAGCACCUGGCAGCGGCCGCCAGGAGAGUCCUCACGGAGACAGUGAAGGUCCUUCAGCUGGAAGAGGCCGCAGGGAUGAGGCGGAUCACCCGGGCAGCCGGCCGGCUCCUGGAGUGCCUGCGUGUGCUGCGGGAUGCCCGGGACACGCCGGGGCUCCUGGCAGCAUUCCAGGCCUUCUCCGAGGCCACGCUCCUGCUGAGCCGCCUGACAGCCAAGCGCCUCCAGGAACUCGGGGAUGGUCCCGCACGGAAGAGCUUGGCCCACACCCUGCAGCUCCUCCACCGGUGUGUCCCCCUGCUCCACGGAGCCGUCAGACGUUCCAGGGAUCCCCGAGCCGACCUCUCCGGAGACGACGCUUUCCAGCUGACAGAGGGGACCAUCAGGGAGCUCCUCUCCCUGCUCACGGAGCCCCAGGACAGGAGCGGGAUCUUCUCCCAGCAGGUGGACGUGCUGCUGGAUCUCCUCUCCCACCCGGACAGGCUGCGCCUCUCCGAGGGCAGGCUCAGCUCCCACGUGGAAGCGGUGGUUCUCCAUGGAAUGCUGCUGGCAGACUCAUCCAGGCUGGAUCUGCAGCUGGAGCUGGUGGAGCGCUGCUGGGCCCUGCUAAGGCUGAGGAAGAGCAUCUGCGGCAGGUUGAGCCGGUUGGAAGGAUGUCCAGGAGAGGGCCAGGGAGAACAUGGAUUGGAGCAGGAAUGUCACAGCAUGAGGGAGGAGCUGGAAAACCUGGACCGGACCGUGCUCAGGGCCACUCUGUGCCAAAUCCUCGAGGGAUUCUUUGAGGAGAAGGAGCCCCUGAGGCAGUUGUUUGAAGGUGCCCUUGCUCUUGCUGGUUCAGGUUUUCCAGCAGGACCAGGAGGAAUUCUAAGGAAGCUCCAGCCCCUCACCGCCGCCCUCUUCGCUCAGGCCCAGCAGAUGCUCCAAGCGGCCGAGCUGGUUCUGGCCCGGUGCACCAAAUCCCAAACUGCCAGGGAAAUCCGGGAGUGGGUGGAGCACCUGCGGAGCCUCCUGGGCAGCCUCCCUUCCCUGCUCCUGGAAAGGAGUGGGAACACCGCAGAGCAGCUCCAGGCCCUGUGCCACGCCUGGGCCGGAGCCACUGGCAGCCUCCUGCGCUGCUUUGAGGAGACGGUCGGCACACGGGAAUUCCUGGAGCUGUCCAUCCUGGAGAUGGCCAAGCACAGGGAAUGGUGCGAGGCAGCGCUGGAACACCAGGAUCCCGAGGGAUUCUCCUGGCACGCCGCUCGCCUCACCGGCUGGGCACACUGGGUGGUUGGAGCCACUACCCGGCACGUGGACAGGGCCACAGAUCCCAUCUUCAGGAAUGGCCUGCUGGUGUGGGUGGAGCAACUGGCCCAUUCCAUCCUGGAGCUGAGGGCAGUGCCAGCCCAGUGCCUCCAAUCCCGGGAUGCCUUCUCCCAGGCAGCCAGCCGCCUGAUGGACGCUGCUCUCCGUGUCCAAGCCGGGCUGGAUGGGUCCAACCACCCGGAUAUCCUCAGCCCGCUCCGGGAGCGAGUGCGGAGCACCGAGGUGGCAAAGGGGCCGGAGCUCAGCCCGUCCCACGCCGGGAUACAAAGCAGUAUGGAUGAGGCCACAUUCCACGGAGACAUCCCAAGUCCUCCAUCUUCUCCACCAGGCACCUUCCACCCGGAUGUUCCGUGGGAAGGGGGUGCACACCCUGCCAUCACAGCUCUCCUGGCAGCAUCCCAAGCCCGGGACACGGCCGCUGUCAGUGCCGCUGGCUCUGCCUUGCUGGAGCUCUCCAAGGGCUGUGUGGAUGCAGCACGGGAAGCACUGCCCAUGGCCGAGCCCCCCCAGCUCCUGGUGCUGGGACAGCACCGGGACAUCACGGCACUGACCCCCAGGAUUAUCAGCCUGGCCAUGGAAACGGCCCGCAGCCAGCUCCGUGCUCCAGGCAGGCUGAUCCACAUGGCACUCAGGCUCUCGGGAAGGAUCCGGGACACCCAGCAGUGCCUGGCAGCCGUGGCAGGCUCUUGGAAUAGUCUGUCCCAGCAAGUGCUUGGGUUUAUCUCGUCAGGUGACUUUCCAAGAGGGAAGCAGGCUUUGGAUGAGGCCAUGCUGGCUUUAGCAGGAGCAGUGCAGUUGGCAGGAGACAUUGCAAGCACAGCCUGUAGUAAGGAAAAUCCCAUUCCCUCCCAAGUUUGGGAUAGCUUUCUGCAGGUCCAAGCCAAGUUUUCCCGUGCUCAACUGAACACCAAAGCGUUCCUGGAGAAGGCAGAAUCCUUCAGGGGCUCCUGUGGGAUGGAGAAGGCCAUCCUGGAGCUGCACGGUGUCCAGUGGGCCGUGGGCAUGUGUGUCCUGCUGCACGCCAUGGAUCGUUUUGUGGGAAGGGAUGUGCUGUUCCUGAGGGAGCUGAGCAGGGCCGUGAGGAACAAGGUUGGCUCACGGAGCCUCCUGGCUGCCGUGGCCGAGAAUUCCCUGAGGCUGCAGGAGGCCGCCCGGCUCUCUUACCUGUCCUGUCCCAGAGACCGUGGUGCCAGGGAAAUCCUGGCGCUCCGGGAGGAGAUCCAGGUGCUCAUGGAAGCACUGCUGGAUGUCUCCAAGACCCUCCUGGUCUCCCCACUGCCUUCAGCCAGCCUGUCCGUCCGCUUCGAGCUCCUGCGGAGAGACGUGGCCCUCAGGGCCAGGGCGUUACUGCUCCACCUGGAGAGGGUCAACACGGAGCAGCUGCACAUCAUCCAGGACGUGGUUGGAGCAGCCCUGCCCGGCCUCUCCCACGAGGAGAAGGACAGGAGCAAGGAGGCCUUUGAGGAGAAGGCGAGUCGGCUCAUGGCUGACGUCCAGUGGGUCAGGAACACCCUCCGGGACGCUCUGGAGGCCGGGGCUCAACUGCCACCGCGGGACAACCCGCUCUCCACGGCGGAGCACCUCCUGCUCCUCACGGCCCACGCCGUGGGCAGUGCCCGACGGAGCCUCCGGAGCCACUGGGACAUGGGGGAUGCCCACCUGGACACCUGGGAUCCCCAGGACACAGGGGAUGCCCACCUGGACAGUGUGGUGUGGUACUGGUCAGCCCAGGCCCACUACCUCCUCACACAGCUCCAGGCCACCCACGGCAUCGGCACGGACGUCCUGCGGCGCAUCACGGAAUGCCUGCAGCGGGACCGGGCAUUCCCAGGACAAUCCCAGCUCUGCCCAGCCCCACAGCCCACUGAGGCAGCGGGAAGUCGCCCGCUCGGGAGCAGAGCAGGGAGUGGAGCUCCACAGGAAGCAGGUGAAAUGAACCAGGCAGGUGGAGGAGGCCGCUCGGCACCGCUGUGUCCGCACGCUCCGGACCUGGAAUCUGUUGCAUUAUUGUCUGGACAGCAGCAGGAUGGCCCUUCCAGCACCUCCCCUGCAAAGCACAAGAGAGGAAACUGUGACACACAGCAGGGCAGCCCCAGCAAGGUGUCCCAGGCCAUCCAGGACAUGGCAAUGAGGAUGCUCCACAUGGCUCAGUUCCUGAGGAAGAAGGGCCCCAUCGCGAGCAAGGAGCAGUUUGUUGCCUGUGCCAGGCAAAUCGCUUCGGACGGGCAGGUGGUUGUCAGAUUUGGGCACAUCCUUGCCAAGCAGUGCCCGGACCAGAGAUGCUCCACGGAGCUGCUCCGCGCCUCCGAGCACACCCACACCCUCAGCAGCCAGCUCGGCAUCGUGGCCAGGGUGAAAGCAGUGACUGGGGAGAGCAAGGCCUCCUCGGAGCUGCUCCUGAGCAACGCGCAGAACCUGGUGCGAGCGGUGCGGCACCUCCUGGGCGCGGCCGAGGCGGCCUCUGUCAACGGUUUGGGACAACCCUCACCUGACCCUGAAGCAGAAGAAGUUGCUGCUUUUUGCCUGCAGUGGAAGAAAAACCUGUCGUGGCACAGAGCCAAGGAGGCUUUAAAUUCCAACAGGGAUGAGUUAGGGCUCCGCAAGACUCGGGAAGCAAAGGCAGAGCCCACCCUGAUGGCUGUGGUGCAGGAACCACCCCCUCAGACCAGGAAUAUCCCAAAGCAUCCCAGUCCUAGGAAAGGACACACAGCUAUGGACAGACACCUGUGAAGCCAGGGAGGGGCUUCUCAUCCUGAUGGCGGUUGGAGUAUUUGCAAGAUGAAGGAUUCGUGCUGGAGCGUUUCCAUUGUGGCAGGAAAAUCUCGGAAGAGGCUCCGUGGGGGAGGCCAGGAAUGUUCUGGACACCCAAUUCCCAGGUAGGAAGAAAAAUUGUCCCAGUAGCCACUAAGGGACAUUUUCCCACAAGUCCACUUCCUUCAGACAGGAAUUCUAUGUGAGAGGAACGGAAGAAGUUGUUAUAAGAUUCCCAGUGUUUUUAGUUGUUGGAUUCACCCCCCUUUUCUGUUAAGGCCUGUUGGGCAGUGACUGGAGAGAGACAGGAAAAUCCUGCGUGAACCAGAGGUCAGGAUUAGUGCCUGGAUCCCUCACCUUAUCCAGUAGCUCCUUUGUUUCCGCAGUCAGGGGAGCGUGAGAGAAUUUGCACUUAUCUCCUUGAUAGCACUUGGCUCCUGUGUGGUAGAACUUGCAGGGGAAUUCAUGUAAUUCAGGGAGUUAAGGAUUCCUAACAGUUUGGGAAGGUUAGAAAAUCCAGCUGGCAGCUAUCCUUCAGUUCUUCACCAGGAAUUCAUCUUUCCAAUGCCACACAUUAUGAAAUUUGGAAGCUAAAAACCAACUUACCUCAUACUCCCACUUUAAAUUCUCCUAAUAAUUACAUUUCUGUGGCCUUCGGGUUUCAUUUUAAAGUUGUGAUUAAAAAGGGGAAGGAAAGCACAAGAACAACAACAAUCAGGAACAGAUCAGAGGUUAAAAAAUAUGUGGAUAAAUAUAUCUGAACUUCACGGAGUUUUAUCUUUAAAAAUGUUAAAAAACUUUAAAAUUGGCACAACCCCAGAUUUUAUACUUAUUUUUUCCUCUUAACUAGUUAAGAAAAAAAAUCAUUUGUAACAAAUCUACCAUUUUUGGUAGAGUCUCUUAAGGAAAGAAAGAGCCACCCUUAAAAAUCACAUCAAAAUAAACAGAAAUAAACAGCAGUAUAAACUUCCAGAUGAAUUUCCAAGUGUUUUCAAAGGAUAUUGUGCAAAUAAAUGCAGUUCUCUCCUUUGGUGCAGUAACCCUGGAUGUAAAACUUGCAGAUUUCCUUUUUCUUUUCAAUCUCUGCGUCGUGAUCAAAUUUACACUGUUCCCCCUAUAAAUAAAUCAAAAAACAAGGAAAAGCCAUUAGUGAAAUGCUGAAUAAUUUCGUUUCACACUGGAAGAAGAACAUCCUCCUCAGCUCCUCAGCUGAAACUUUUUAUCUUGAAUAACACUGACUUAUAAUCACAUCCCUAAAAAGUGUGAAUAGGAGAAAAUUCCUGGAUUGGAUUUCAAAGGAAUAUACAGAGUGGUGACAGAAAACAAGCUGCUCUUACAGUCUCAGGUCUUUUCUCUGCCUCCACCUUGGAAUUUGCAUUAAAAAAGGCAUUUAAGCCAAUAUUUUCCUGAAUUAUUUUCCAUACAUCCUGUUAUCCAUUCGGAUUAUUUUGCUGGGCAGGGGGUUUGUGGAUCUUUUUAGCAUUUAUUUUCAUGAACAAGACACCAAGUGCUCUUUCAGCCCCUUUUAAAACUGAAGGUGGCAGCAAAUACUCGUCUCACUGAGCCAAACAUUCAAAGGCAGCAAGAAAUACGAUAUUUCCAAUAAUGUUCGCCUUUAUUUUGACCAUUUGAGAAACAAACAUAAAAUAUUCCACUUCUAAGUCCUGAGGAACCAAAGAAAAGUGAGUCACUCACUGAAGAAGCAUCCAGUGGUUUAAGGGUGUGUUUUAUAACAACCCCACUUUUUUAGAGAGAGAAAUCACUUGGAAAUCAAUGUUUCCAAAUUAGCAAGGAACAAACAACUUAAUAUAUCCAGGAAUUGCUGCCUAUUUAGCUUCCAGACUUGUGAGAUUUAUCAUAUGAUAAAAUAUUUUUAUUUGGUAUUUACAUAUGAUGCAUUGCCAGUGUAAGUUUAUGAUGCUGUCACAGAUGCUUUUAUUGCAUAUAUUACUAAAAAUAUAAUACUUACAAUGGAAUUAAUAAAUUAUAUAGGAUCUAAUAGCAGUUAAAUUCAAAAUGUGUA